AUGACAGAUCUAAUCAUAUGGGAUGAAGCUCCUAUGGCUAACAAGUUUUGCUUUGAGUCUCUUGAUAAAUCCUUGAAAGAUAUCAUGAGUGGAAUUACACAUGCUGGUGACAGUAUAUUUGGAGGUAAGGUUGUUGUCUUUGGUGGUGACUUCAGACAAAUUCUGCCCGUUAUACCAAGAGGUACUAGAUCUGAUAUUAUCCAUGCAACAAUCAAUUCUUCUUAUAUUUGGGAUCACUGUAAAGUGUUGAGGCUUACAAAAAACAUGCGCUUGCAAACUGGUGCCACUACUUCUACUACUCAUGAUAUUAGGAGCUUUUCAGAGUGGAUUUUACAAAUUGGAGAUGGAACCAUGUGUGAGCCCAAUGAUGGGUAUGCAAGAGAAGAGAGAGAAUACUUCAGUAGUGAUUCUAUAGAUAAAUCUGAUUCAACUAACUUUGAUGCAUAUGAGCAUGUCACACCGGAGUUCCUAAAUGCCCUUAAAACUUCAGGAUUACCUAAUCACUCUAUCAAGGUGAAAGUUGGUGCCACCAUUAUGUUGAUGCGCAAUCUUGAUCAGUCUGAAGGCUUGUGCAAUGGUACACGACUGACGGUAACUAGGCUUGCCUCUCAUGUCAUUGAAGCAAAGAUAAUUUCUGGAAAAAAUAUUGGUAACCUCAUUUAUAUUCCUAGAAUGUCUUUGUCCCCCUCACAAUCUCCAUGGCCAUUUAAAUUGGUAAGACGCCAAUUCCCUAUUAUCGUUUCCUUUGCCAUGACAAUUAACAAGUCUCAAGGGCAAUCUCUAGACUACGUCGGUUUGUAUUUGCCAAAGGAUGUUUUUAGUCAUGGUCAAUUAUAUGUGGCUAUCUCUAGAGUUAAAUCCAAAAAGGGAUUAAAGAUUCUUAUUCAUGACAAACAAAGAGAACCAAUGAAUACCACCACUAAUGUUGUGUUCAAAGAAGUGUUCCAAAACAUAUGA